UAUCUUUUGGAAUCUUGUGCAAUCGGCCCAGUUUUGCCAUCGAAAAUAUAUUCCAUAGAAACAGAAUUAUAAAUGAAUUCAUCGAGUGUACUAAUUGAAAUUCAUUAAGUUUUUUUUAUGUUAAUAUAUAGAUAACUUCCUGUCAACUUAAGUGUCGUGAAUAUAUUUUUUAUAACAACACAACCGGUUUAAAGUUUCUUAUUAAAUUAUUAAAUUAUUUAUUAUCCAGUGUAGAUUUGUGCUAGUAAUAGAACUAAAGUUUUCGCAAUGUUAUCUUCAUUAUAUCGACAGAACAAAAAGCUAUGGCCGCAUUUCCUCAGCAGCGUAAGAGCGGCCAGCCAGGUGCAAAAGCCGAAGACAGCUAUAAUUAUGUUGAAUAUGGGAGGCCCGCAGACUGUUGAUCAAGUAGGCGACUAUCUCCACCGCAUCAUGACGGACCGGGACAUGAUACAAUUGCCAGUUCAGAGCCGUCUCGGGCCCUGGAUAGCCAGUCGGAGAACUGAGGAGGUCAAGAAGAAGUACCAGGAGAUCGGUGGUGGUUCGCCGAUAUACAGGUGGACGGAUUUACAGGGAAAGCUGCUCACUGAGGCGUUGGACCAGAUGUUGCCAGCAACGGCCCCACAUAAACACUACAUCGCGUUUCGAUACGUGCCCCCUUUCACUGAGGAGGCUUUGGCGCAGUUGGAGAGCGAUGGCGUUGAGAGAGCAAUAAUUUUCUCCCAAUACCCGCAGUACAGCUGCGCCACGACCGGUUCGAGUUUGAACGCCAUAGCCGACUUCUAUAAGGGCAGAAAACGACCGAACAUAAAAUUCAGCAUGAUAGAGCGCUGGGGGAACAACCAGCUGCUGGCAACAGUGUUCGCCGAGAGGAUCAGGGAGAAGUUGCUGUUGUUCGAUGGCAGUGUACGCAACCAGGUGAUGAUCAUGUUCACCGCGCACAGUCUCCCCCUCAAGGCGGUGUCCCGGGGGGACACUUACCCCCACGAGGUGGCCGCGUCAGUGGCGGCCACCAUGGCCAAGCUGCAAGUGGCCAACCCGCACCGGCUGGUGUGGCAGUCCAAGGUGGGGCCGCUGCCGUGGCUGCAGCCCUACACCGACGACGCAAUUAAAGCGUACGCGAAGCAAGGCGUCAAACACAUGAUCCUGGUAGUUUUUGCCUUUAUUUAAUAAAUUUUACAAAGGAACUUUUUUUAUAUUUAUUUAUAUUAUUUUUCUUUUAAGGCGGGCAUAAUUCAAAUAGAAAGAGCGGCGGCGCCGAACGACCAUCCCACAUUCAUAGCCGCGCUAGCGGACGUCGUUGCGAAGCACAUCACAGCCGGUCCAGCCGUUUCGAGACAGUACCUCUCUAGAUGUCCGCACUGCGUCAGCAAACGGUGCCAGGCGGCGAAGGAAUUUUAUAAGGACUUUUGUAAUUUCGAAUAUAGCGCGGACCCACAAAUCGCUAAGGUUUAGCGCUAGAAAACAAUGUAUAAAAGAUCUCUCUUGCACUAGCGGCCCGCCCCGGCUUCGCCCGUGGUACAUAUAUAGCCUAAAGCCGUCCUCAAAAAAUGGGUUAUCUAAAACUGAAAGAAUGCUUCAAAACGGAUCAGUUCCUGAGAUUAGCGAGUUCAAACA